AUGCGUUCCAACUUGAUUUUCGCUCUUGUUUCUGGUGGCUCUGCGCCCCCGGCCCCCUCCGGCACCGGCCUCCCGCCCCCGCCCCACGGCACCGGCGCUCCCCCGAGCGGCACCCCUCCCCCUCGCCCCACCGGAACUUUCAAGCCCUCCGGCCCGCCCCCUAGCGGUGCCCCACCUUCCGGUACCCCGGCCGCUCGCCGCCGCGGCAUGUUCAACCGUCGCCAGCAGAGCGGUGCUCCCCCCUCCGGCGCGCCUCCUUCCGGCACUCCUCCUCCUCGCCCUAGCGGUGCCCCGACCGACUUCCCCAGCGGUGUAGCCCGCCCUACCGGCUUCCCCGGCGGUGGCCAGGGCAACUUUGACGCCCAGGCCCAGCCAUCUGGUGUUGCUAAGCCUUCCGGUGGCCCUCACGGCGGCGGCCACCACAGCGGCCCUCCCCCGUCUGGUGCUCCCACCGGUGUUCCUCCUUCUGGAGCUCCCCCCUCUGAUGCUCCUGCCCCUACCGGCAACGCUCGUCGCGCUGAGCCCUCUGGAGUCAAGCCUUCUGGCCCUCCUCCCUCUGGUGCCCCUAGCGGCCCCCCGCCUUCUGGUGUUCGCCCCAGCGGUCCUCCCCCCUCGGGCGCUCCCCCCUCUGGAGCUCCUCCUUCCGGUGCCCCCGCUCCCACCGGCAACGCUCGCCGUGCCCAGCCUUCCGGCGCUAAGCCGUCCGGUCCCCCUCCCUCCGGCACUCCCCCUCCUCGCCCCAGCGGCGAUGCUCAGCCUUCCGGACCUCCCCCGUCCGGCGCUCCUCCUUCCGGUGCUCCUCCCUCUGGCGCUCCUCCUGCUGCCACUGGCAACGCUCGCCGCGCCGAGCCCUCUGGUGUGAAGCCUUCCGGCCCUCCUCCUUCUGGCACUCCUCCCCCCAGACCUUCUGGAGCCCAGCCUUCUGGACCUCCUCCCUCUGGAGCUCCUCCUUCUGGCGCCCCUCCCUCUGGUGCCCCUGCUCCUACUGGCAACGCCCGUCGUGCUGAGUCUGCGCCCGCCGAGAAGCCCUCUGGCACCCCCCCUCCUCGCCCUUCCGGUGCUAAGCCUUCCGGCCCCCCUCCUUCUGGUGCUCCUCCCUCUGGUGCUCCUCCUUCCGGCGCUCCCCCCGCUGCUACUGGCAACGCCCGCCGUGCUGAGCCCUCCGGCGCCGCUCCCUCCGGCCCCAAGCCUUCCGGACCUCCUCCCUCUGGCGUUCGCCCCUCUGGAGCUCCUCCUUCCGGCACCCCUCCCCCUAAGCCCACCGGCACCCCUACCGGCCCUCCUCCUUCCGACGCUCCCGCUCCCACCGGCAACGCCCGCCGCGCCGAGUCCGCCCCCGCCGAGAAGCCCUCCGGCACUCCUCCUUCCGGCGCUCCCCCCUCCGGCACCCCUCCCAGCGGCCCUCGCCCUACCGGUGCUGCUCCUAACGGCGCUGCUCCCUCCGGCACUCCUCCCCCCAAGCCCUCCGGCGCCCAGCCCUCUGGCCCUCCCCCCUCUGGCGCCCCUCCCGCCGCCACCCAGAGCGCUUAA